AUGAUUCCUCGAAGAAUACCAGCAUUAUUAUAUUUUAUCUCGUAUAUCUGGCUAGCAUUGUGUGAACCAGCAUCGAAGCAUAUUAUAGAAUUUGAUGAUAAUCAUAUAGAACAAACCUUGGCUGGAAGCGACUUUUCGUUUAUAUAUUUUUAUUCUGACGGAUGUGCCUAUUGUGCACAAUUUGAACCGGAGUUUGAAUAUUUAAGUAUUCUUUACAAUAACAUCACAGAUGAUAAAAGUAACAGCAAAGUUCAGAUAUUGAAAACAAAUGCCAUUAGAAACAAGAAAAUAAGUCAGUUGUUUAGUGUAAACAAGUACCCAACAUUGAAGCUCUUGAACUUUCGGACUAAGGAAAUCGUUUCGUACAAGGACAGCCGUAAUUUAGAAAAUCUUGUCAAAUUUAUGACAGAAAAAACCCAGUUGCUUCCAAAUUUCGAUAACGUUAAUUCUAAUAUCCACUUCGUCCAAUCCGACAUCGAACAGUUCAUUGGGUCGCCCUCCAAGGACACCUUAAUUGUUUUCACAGUACCACAUAUACAGGAAUGGGAGGACUAUGAAUACCCUUCACAUUUUUAUCAAGAGUUGGCCCAGUCAGAAUUCAAGGAAGAUAUAGAGUUUGUGCUUGUGGAUGUUAAUAAGCUAGUGGAUAACGAUUUUCUUGCUAAAUAUGCAGUGAGUAAUUUUCCAUCAAUGAUUUAUUUUACGAAAGAAGGAAAGUUUAAAACGUAUCAUACAUUACUGCAAGAUGCCACAACUAAUAACCUAUUGAAUAAAAACUUAAUAAGUGAGUUUUUGGAAACUUUAUCGGAUUCAAGUUUGUCAAAUGGCGAGUGGUACGAUAAUUACUCUGACUUUUCUGUCAAGAUUUUUGAUGAAAAGACUUAUUCAGCAAAUAAGCCAGUCCGUAAAUUUGGUUUUAAUAAUGUUCAAGGUAGUAAAUCGAACUCAGAACUCACUAUUGACGAUGAAUAUGAUCUAUUAGUACAGAACAUAGGAUUGUGA